CCCACGGGGCCAACUGAAACUGGUGAAAGGGUUCAGUUCCCCCGGUAACGUCCCUGUAGACAACCGUGUAGGGUACGAAUAUAACUUAUAUAAACUUAAACUUCGUUGUCGAAGCUCAAACUAUCGCUUUGUCUUGAGUCUGUUUCUGCGCCGUUAGCUAGCUGCCACCUUUUAUUUCCCCCCUCCAACAUGUCCGGCGGAGGGGUCAUUCGCGGUCCGGCCGGGAGUAACGACUGUCGGAUAUACGUUGGGAAUCUCCCUCCGGACAUCCGCACCAAAGACGUCGAGGACGUGUUUUAUAAAUAUGGAAUAAUUCGGGAUAUUGAUCUGAAAAACCGAAGAGGAGGACCACCAUUCGCUUUCGUGGAAUUCGAGGACCCGAGGGAUGCAGAAGAUGCCGUUUAUGGACGUGAUGGUUACGACUACGAUGGCUACCGUCUGCGUGUUGAGUUCCCUCGAAGUGGACGUGGGGGUGGAAGAGGAGGUGGUGGUGGGGCUUUAGGAACGCCAAGGGGAAGGUAUGGUCCCCCUUCACGACGCUCCAAGUACAGGGUUAUUGUCUCAGGUCUUCCUCCCAGUGGAAGCUGGCAGGACCUGAAGGAUCACAUGCGAGAGGCAGGUGAUGUAUGUUAUGCUGAUGUGUACCGCGAUGGCACUGGAGUGGUGGAGUUUGUACGCAAGGAAGACAUGACCUACGCUGUCCGUAAAUUGGACAACACCAAGUUUCGCUCUCAUGAGGGAGAGACGGCCUACAUUCGUGUGAAGAUGGACGGUCCACGCAGCCCCAGCUAUGGUCGCUCUCGCUCUCGUAGCCGCAGUCGAAGCCAGAGCAACAGCGGGUCUCGCAGCUACUCUCCUCAUCGCAGCCGUGGGUCUCCAUGUUACUCUCCACGUCGUUCCCGCUCGCGCUCUCGCACUUAAGACACACCUGACCUUGAUUAAACCACCAGCCAGCCCAACCCAACAGUGCAUCUCAGAGUGGAGAAGACAAACUUCACGGGACAACGCCUGUACAGUCUCCAUGGACCAUUUGCUGUGUUAAUUGUUUCCUGUUUCCCCAAUUUUCUGUUGUGAUUUUUAUUUUACUUUACAUUUCGGCAGACCAGAUAAGAUUGGCUGAAGUACCCCGGUCUGUGUACUGUCUCUUCUCCCUUUCCCUUUUCUUGUUUCCUUUUCACCCCAAAAUUAUCUCUAUCUCCUCUCUGCUAACCUUGUCUCCCCUGUUUGAGUACUUUUCCUCCUCUGAUUCCAGGAUGUGUUGACGGAAAUGGUACCCUUUUGGAGGAAUUCAUCAUUGUUUGCCAUUUGUUGUUAUUUUAGGGGUGAGUUCAGAGGAGCAGGAUAGGAUGGGAACAAAGGAAAAGAAAACACAGUUCAUAUUAGGAUAAACAGGAGGAGGAGGAGGAAUCAAAUAUGGCACCAAUGGUUUGGACUGGGCUCAUUGUCUCCCCAUUCCGGAGCCGGAUCAGGAUUCAGGAUCAGAUCAGGAUUAGGAUUAGGCUUCGGGAUGGAUACAUGGAGCAGGAGAAUUUUACCGGGAGAGGAUCCCAACCCCCGGCCCUGUCCACAUAACCACAUCAAACCGGAACCAUUGUAGUGAAAUAUUUAAACUAAAUUGGCCUUCAAACAGUUCUUUUUGUGCGGGACCUCAGACACCCAGUCACUGGUGGCAUCCUGAUGAGUGAUUGUUUUUCCGAUUACUUUUUUUUAAUUAAGAGGAGCAAAACUCGGAUCAAAACCAGGAGGAGGGCUGGGAGGUGCAGGACGGAUCCACACACGUAAGGAGAGUGGUAAAUAGUGGGCAACCAUUAACAGUGGAGGAGGGAGGGAGGGAGGGAAGAGGGAGGCGAUGUAGAGAUGUAACAUUGUUUUUUUUCUCUUAGGUCAGUCUUUUGCUGCAGAUAAUGAAUUUUUAUUUUAAGCCUUAUUUCCAGUAUCUUAUCUUGAAGCUUUCUUCAAUAAAAGUUCAAUAUAAUUUCA